AUGGCCCCCGCACGAAGAUCGACCAAGUGGGUGGCGCCUGUGCUUGCGGCCAGUGGUGCGAUCGCGCUGGGCGUAGCGCUAUGGCGUUGGACCUCUCAGAAAGAUCGACCUGAUACCUCGGCACGUUCCAAGCGCAAGGGAGCUAAUCCGACAUUGAGUCUCUCGUUCCCUGUGGACCCUGCAUGGACGCAGCAGCUCGCUUCGAUGCCGGCCAUCCAUGAGAUGAUCCAAGCGCUUACGCGCGACUACCUCGUCCAUGUGCUGCUGGAUGCGCCCGAUGGCCACGCUCCCUCCUCUGUGCCAUGCGAUCGAGUUCUCCUUUACUCCACGGCUGCUGGCCGCGCCAUGCUGGCGCGAGCGCUGCAGUGUCAAUGCCAUGUGGAAUUUGUGUUUGUCGAUGCUCAGGGCCACGCUGCUUGGGACGCGAACGAUGACAUCCCAGCGUACCUUACACGGCUGGAUCAGCUGGCGCAGGCAGUGGACGCUCUCCUUGUCAUUGUCGUCCGUGGACCCCCAGCGCCACAUACGGUGUCGUGGGCGACGCUUGCUCAAGCCUGGGCAUCACAUCCAGUGUCCCAACGAGCUACGACGCAGUGGAUUGAUCUUUCUAUGAGUGCAUGGUCGCACGUUACAGAGCGAUUGCAGCUGCAACGACAGGCCUGGACAUGA